AUGGGUCUCAAAGGAAAAGGGAGACCUCCUCCCGGUAUGGAGGGCGAUAUUAAGCCCGCCAACAAACAGCGUCGUCAGAUGAUGCACAUCAAGCGCAAGAGAGCAAAGGAUUCUGAGCGCCGAGCCGAGCGAUAUGGAUUCAAGAGGGAAGAAGCCAAGAACCCCAAAUUGCGAGAACAGCGUUUAAAAGAAAAUAUUCCUUUGACUUUGGACCGUAAACGAGUCUGGGAUGAAGCAGACAACGAUGCCGAGGAAACUGGUUUGGGUCUGAGUGUCGACGUCGAGCGUAUCAAACGGGCCAAGAAGGAAGAAGAGGACGAAUUGAACCGACCAUUGGAGGAAGGAGAGGAUGACAGCGACGCAGCAGACUCCGACAACGAGUCAGUCGACAGUAUGAUUGCUUCUAGCGAUAGCGAGGACGAGGACGAAGAAAACGACGAAAAGAAGGACUCCGGUCGCGGACGGAAAUCAACUCUUCCCACUGCUACCGAGCGUGCCACCAGCCCAACACAGUCUACAAAAAGUGUCAACUUGAACCUUGCGCCUGAAGCUCUUGCCGCCAAGUUCCCUACUCUCUUUACCUCCGAGGCUCCUCCCUCCCCGAAGAUUCUGAUCACAACCUCUCUCAACUCGACCCUUCACAAAGAAGCCGAAACCCUCACCGAGUUCUUCCCCAACAGUCACUAUGUCAAGCGCUCAGCCCACAAAUACUCGCAUAAGUUCUCCAUCCGUGAGAUUUCCAAAUUCGCCUCCAAUCGCAACUACACCACUCUGCUGGUUCUCAACGAAGACCAGAAGAAACCCUGCGGUUUAACUAUGGUCCACCUGCCUGUUGGCCCAACAUUCCAUUUCAGUAUUAGCAACUGGAUCGAGGGUAAACGCUUGCCUGGACACGGUCGUUCAACAGAUCAUUGGCCUGAGCUGAUUUUGAACAACUUCCGCACACCGCUGGGUCUGUUGACCGCUCAUGCAUUCCGACAAUUGUUCCCUCCUCAGCCAGAAUUUGAGGGUAGACAGGUCGUCACUUUACACAACCAGCGUGAUUACAUCUUCGUUCGCCGUCAUCGAUACGUCUUCCGUGAGAAGCGCGAGACGGAGAAGGCUGUUGUUGGUGCGGAUGGAAAGGAGAUCGCAGGUGCUGAGGGUAUUCGAACUGGUUUGCAAGAGCUUGGACCUCGAUUUACUCUGAAGCUCCGUCGUGUGGAUAAGGGUAUUCAGCGCGCGAGUGGACAAGAGUGGGAAUGGAAGGGAGGAAUGGAGAAGGUGCGAACAAAGUUCCAGCUGUGA